UCAACUGCAGUGCACUCUUUCUCUUAACUUAUGAUACAACAGUAUGUCAUAGUGAAGUAACAUGAAUUUUGGUGAUGGCACGAAACUUACAGUGAUCGAGAAGAACAGAGAAAUCAUAUCACCGACUGUGGUCAUCUUUUCACCAUCAAAGCAAGAGAUUCAACAGAAGAAGAAGGCCACACUGGUAUGCCUGGCCUCUGGUUUCUACCCUGAUCACCUCAGUUUAGUCUGGACAAAGAAUGGCAAGAAGAUGACAGAAGGAGUGGGAACAGAUGAGACUUCCACACCAAAUGGGAGCACUUACGCAUUGACCAGCAGACUGAGAAUCUCAGCCCAAGAGUGGUUCAACCCUCUGAAUCGUUUUGAGUGUACUGCUGAAUUUUUUAAGAAUGGAAGUCUGGAAUUAAUACAUAAAUUCAUCUAUGGUGAUGCUGGCUGUGCGCUUACUAAAGAAUCCUACUUGCAUUAUGGAAAUUCUAUGAAGCUCACUUACCUCAUUUUGUGUGGCAAAGCCUUCCUCUAUGCAAUUUUGGUGUGCACUCUGAUGUGGAAAGUCAAGGCUGGUAGCAAGCCAUAUAAAGAAUAAGUGAAUAAUCUCCUCCAUCUCAUCAACAGGAAAACAACAAAUUCCACGUUUUUCUUUUCUGUGGUAGAGUCCAAGCUUCUAAUAUCCUCUUUCUUGAUGGUUCUCUGUUCUCUCCUGUUCUUUCAGCUUUGUUUUAAUCACUGCCAGAUUUCCCAUGGACGUGCAGGGUAAUCUCUGUCUUAGCUUUAAAACACCUCCUUACUGCUCAGAGAUGUCAGCUUCUUAAAUUAGGAAUAAAGUUUGUGUCACUCCAUUCAAGAAG